AUAUACGUGUGUUGGUGCAUAUUGUGCGGGCCCUGGUGCAUUAGGUAUAGGCUAGCGAAUGCCGGCAGCCGGCUGCUGCUGCUCCUACCAGUAAUUCUUCGAUUCAUGUUACAACAUCGAGCAAGGCAAGCGUAAAAUCAUCGCUGCGUAAGAGAAGCUCGACAGUUUGCAACUCUCGCACCUCGCAGGCCGGGAUAAACGCGUUGCAUUGUUGCUCCGAAAGAAAGAACGUGUGUAUGGGAUCACGCGGACACGGAGAGAAGGAUAGUAACGGGCAACGGCUCCUGUUGAAGAAUAGCAGCUACUUGCAGCUGCAUACUGCUUUUCUCUUUACUGAUUUCUCAACGUUGUCAAUCUCGGCGUCGAUCCUCCUUAUCAUUAUCAUCAUCACCGUCGUCGUCAUCGUCAUCGAGCAUCGUCAGUUUUAUUUGCAAAACCACCUCUACCGAGUCUUCGGCGUUCGUAAGCCGAAUCCACAGAUCAACAGGGAGAGAGUCGACGACAGCUCGGAGCUGUACAGACUAGUGUCGCAUCUGACUCGGGACUGCGCUGUAAAUAUGUCUUCUGGAGCUGGCUCAAGUGGUUCUGGUCGUGGCCGCGGUUCAUCCAUAGCUGAUAACAAACCAGAAAAUAAAGAAACUAAACCCAAUCCAAAAAUGUCUAAAGCACUGGGUACUUCAGCCAAAAGGAUACAAAAAGAACUAGCAGAAAUUACUUUGGAUCCACCUCCAAAUUGCAGUGCUGGACCAAAAGGUGAUAAUUUGUACGAGUGGGUGUCAACAAUUUUAGGACCACCAGGAUCAGUUUAUGAAGGUGGUGUUUUCUUCUUAGACAUUCACUUUUCUCCAGAAUAUCCUUUUAAACCACCAAAGGUAACCUUUCGGACUCGCAUUUAUCAUUGCAAUAUAAACAGCCAAGGUGUCAUUUGCUUAGAUAUUCUUAAAGACAAUUGGUCUCCAGCCCUCACUAUAUCAAAAGUACUGCUGUCUAUUUGUUCCCUUCUCACAGAUUGCAAUCCAGCUGAUCCACUGGUGGGUAGCAUAGCAACGCAAUAUAUCCAAAAUCGAGAAGAACAUGACCGCAUAGCACGCUUAUGGACCAAACGUUAUGCAACAUGAAUAGGUUUACUACACUCUCAAACUCCUCACAAGUCUCAUGCCAAUUUAUUACACCCUAUUAUUCAUGGUUCAAAAACGACAUGUGUGAAUUUUUCUUGGACAAUGGAUUUUUCAUCAUUACCUAUUUCAAAAAUAAUCAUCAGACUGCAUCAUCGAGAAUUAUAUUCCCUAAUUCAACAUUGACCAAAUGUGGAUUCACGAAUCAUUGAUGUAAGUCAUAAUAAUCGUCAAUUUAUUCAUGCUGUAGAUCUCAAUCGUACCACGCAUUUCGUCAUUAUCAAAUCAUCAGAUCAGCUAGAUUUACAAUCAAUGACCCCAAGACUUGUGUAAAAUUGAUUUGUAGUAAGUGUGUGAAUUUAUAAGUUAUAAUUGGUCGAUGUUUUCCAAAUAGGUGCAGUAGUGCCUAAGAAUAAAUAGUGUAUGAUAUCAAGGCAUGAGUAGGGAGUAAUUUUUUUUACUACUGAAAUUAUACAAAUAAACUGAGGGAAGAGGGAUUUCAUAAAUUAUUGAUAGAUAAAAAAAGAGUGAGUGAAUGAAAAUGAGAAGGAUAUUAAUUUUUAAGAUGAAAAUGAAGUACCAAGACGUGCUAGUACUUUAUUCACACUCGAAUUACAAUGAAUUCCUAAGUUGUAAGUAAAUUAGGUACUUAGUUAGUAAGAGCAGAUAAUAAGUUGUAAAAGGGACCCAGACACUUUCCUGGACGUCGUAAUUGCUUGGUUCCUAAGCGUUCGAUUCAUACUUCAUAAUUUUUAACGUCUUUUUUAAACUUAAACUUGCUUUAUUAGUUAGUAUAUGAUAUGUAGACUAUGCUCAAUACAUCGUUUCAUUGGUAAACUUUUUAUAAAUAAUAUUUUCCCGAACUAUGAAUUUUAUCAUUAAUUUAAUUUAUUCAUUAGUGAAAAAGAAAUUAAUUGUGAACAUUUUUUUCAAUGAAUUUUUAUUGAUUAUUAAAUUCAAUGCGGCGAACAGGUCAAGACUGUUGGGGCCAUCAACUAAAAAAUGAAUUAAAUAUGAAACAAAUCAACUGUGACUGUAAAUAAAUAUUAUUAUAUAACA